AUGAUUAUGGGCCUACUUUACGAGUACAUCAUGGAGCUCAGUGAUGAAUCGGAACUUCAAAAGAAAGAAUUCCUAAGGCGUAAACGCGAAUACCCUUUUGGAACAGAUGAGAUUAAGGACUUGGUCAUCAGCCAACGUGACGUUUUCAAUGCAGAAAUAGAGGACAUGACGGAGCUGCUAGACAUGACGGAGCUGCUAAAAGCCAAGAACGAGAAGUGA